AAAGUCAGAUAUCUUGUUUUAUUCAAGUGACGUGAAUUCUUGGUAUUCUGUACCACAAACCGUAUGAAAUGUAUAAUUUUCCCGGUAUGAGUCAAAUACGUGUAAAUUCAACAUUGCUAGUUCAUUCCAAAGACUGGUACUUGGAUUGCGUGUGAAAAAAGUAAAAUUCUGUACAAGCAUGUAAGAAAGAGUGUAAAAUUGGUUAUUGUGACCAAAAAAUUUAACAUACGCUAAACGUUCUGUUAUUAAAUUUUUUUUAUACUGAACAAUACCCACUAGGAGAAUACUUAACCUCUAAAUGGAGAAGAAAAUCGAUGUCGAUUACAGUGCAGAUAUGGAUUUAAAAGCUAUAGAGCUUCGAAUGCACACAGAUAAAAUUCAUGCUGGAUUUCUCUUCGCGUGGGAAGAUUUGCGGCUUUUGCAAAUAUUAUGUCUAUUCGUCGAGUCGGAUGUUGUUCAAAGAGAUCGCCCGACUUGGCAAAUAUUUGCUGAACAAUUGAGUCUGACACGGCAGAAAAUAUUAUGUAUCGAAAACGAAUUUAAGUAUAGCCACGGUUCAGUGUGGUGGGUUUUGUUGGCAUUCGCAAAUGAGGAUGACGCUACUAUAGGACGAAUAAUACUCAUUUUACAACAGAUGAGAAUGUUCAAUGUCAUACGCGAAAUUAGCAAUGAAGUUCACGAGCUCGUUGACUGUCUUUCUGAUCACUUGAAUUUACAAGGAACUAAAUCCACAAUACUUCGGCCCCCCAAUAUCCCAUGGACACCUUUAAUUUUCAGAUCGUUGAAUUCAAGAAUCGAGAGAGUUCCACAAAUCAUAGAUAUUACAGUGAGAGCUUCAAAUGUGCCAAGUAUACCGUCGGCAAGUAAAAUAAUGCUAACGUUCGCCGAUGACGGAGUGGAAGCGGCGCUCCGCCUGACUGAAAUUUUCAGAUCAAAUGAACCGAGAAUCGCAGUUCUACUUCUGAGAGAACAACAGGCACACGUAUUCAAUGCAGCCAAAGAAUUCAUCGAUGACUGUUUGAAAAGAGUGGAUUAUAUAAUUCCAAUUCUCACGAAGGGAUACUAUGAUGUUAUAAAUAAUACAUAUCCCGAUUUGAAAGAUCAACUGGUAUUGUCAUUUGCAGUUGAUCAAACAUAUGCACAAUAUGUAUAUAAGUGUUUUGCAGAGGAAUUUAUACGGAAUCGGUGCUGGAAUAUGCGUGUAAGACCUAUUAUGCCCACCGGAACAACAGAAAAUGAUCUACCGGAUCACAAAUCAUCUAUGGGUCCCAUAAGAUUUAAGGAGGCAGAAAUCGGAGAAUUCAUAACAAUGUUGCUGAGAAAAAGGCGGGUUUAAGAAAUCGACCGAUUGGUUCCGUGGCUCAGAAAACGGCAAAGGUCAAAAUUUUUCAAAUGUUUAUAAUUCAAAAUACUUUACAUACACGAAUAAACAGUUUAUUGUACUUACCACAUGAAGGUCGUGGCGAUAUCUGCAACACACACACUCCACUUAAAGUCACU